AUGACUCUCUCUCGUUUUCGAAAUGUCCCUCUGAUUGUGGCCCCUUUAGUGGUAUUCCUACUGUUGAAUUAUUUCUUCUGGUUUAGGAAAGACACCAAUGACGCUGGGGAGGAGUUUCUUCAACCGCAGAAUAAUACCAAUGUUGAUCCAGGAUCAAAUUCAUCGGGGUGCCCUAAGCUACCAGGGAUACACGACGUCUUGGUGGUCCUAAAAACUGGAGCCACCGAAGCGUUAGAGAAAGUGCCAGUCCACUUCAACACCACCCUAAAAUGCAUUCCGAAUUUUGUCCUUUUCUCCGAUUUCGAAGAGCAAAUUGCUGGUGUCCAAGCACUUGACGUUCUGCGUAGUGUCGACGAGGACAUAAAACAAACCAAGGCCGAAUUCGACCUUUACAACCGACUACGCGACGCCGGGCGCGCCGGGCUAACAGCGGAAGACAUCAACGACGAUCCAAGCACGCCAUCGGGUAAACCCGACAAUCGCGGAUGGCUUUUGGACAAGUGGAAAUUCCUGCCCAUGAUCAAUGAAACGCUAAACAUUCGAGCCGACGCAAAAUGGUACGUGUUCAUCGAGGCAGACACGUACGUGGUAUGGCCAAACCUCCUGUCUUGGUUGGAGAAGUUUGAUCCCAGUCAGCCAUACUAUAUGGGAUCCGGGGUGCGGAUCUUGGACGUCGUUUUUGGUCAUGGAGGGUCAGGACUCGUCCUAUCCCAGGCGGCUAUGCAUAAGGUUUCCGAUUAUCGUGCGCCCAGAGUUAAGGAAUAUGACGAUUUUACCGCGGGACAGUGGGCAGGCGAUUGUGUCCUGGGAAAGGCAUUGAAAGAUGCUGGGGUCGGUCUUUUCUUCGCGAAUCCGAUGCUCCAAGGCGAUACACCAUGGACCUUUUCUCAUUAUGGACCGAACAAUAAUGACCAUCAUUGGUGUACCCCGGUGGUAACCUAUCAUCAUAUGACACCGGACGAUAUUCGAGAAACGUGGGCGUUCGAGCAGAGUUGGUGGGCGAAUACACAAAGCCACACACUUCUGCAUGCUGAUGUAUUCGAAGAGUUCGUCCGUCCGCAAAUCGAGCAAAUGAAGGAGAACUGGGACAAUGCCUCAUCGGAUGAGAAUAUAGAGGGUAGUAACAGUCGAGAAGACUGUCAGGCGCAAUGCGAGAAAGAUCGCGAAUGCCACCAGUACUCUUACGAGACCGGGAAGUGCCUCACCUCCAAGGUAGCCAGGCGAGGGAGUAGCAAAGCCGGUAUAGGCUCCGGUUGGAUGCCCGAAAGAAUCAACAAAACAAUGGAGAGCCUCGGUCAUUGCCGAAAUGUAAGGUGGAUCACUCCAAAGUCAUGA